UAUAAUAUCUAUUUUUGAAAAAUGCAAUAAGAAGGCUUUCAAGACAAGAUAAAAGAGCAUUACAAAUGUUCUGAAAUGCAAAGUCUUGAACUAGUCCCUGAAAACCCAAAUCAACUAUUGGGCUCACAACACAAAGAAAGUAGUGAAAACAAUAUGGAUAUAGACACAGAAAAUAGUAAAAAUGCAGAGAAAGAUAAAGAGAGUUCAGUUGGUUUUACAGAGUUGUUUAGAUUUGCAGACAGAUUAGACUAUUUAUUAAUGGGAAUUGGAACUAUUGGUGCUUUUGUUCAUGGUUGUUCUUUGCCUAUUUUUCUAAGAUUCUUUGCUGAUCUUGUUAAUUCCUUUGGUUCAAAUGCAAACAAUAUUGAUAAAAUGAGCCAGGAAGUGUUGAGGUAUGCAUUUUACUUUCUUGUAGUUGGAGCUGCAAUAUGGGCUUCUUCAUGGGCAGAGAUAUCAUGUUGGAUGUGGACAGGAGAAAGACAAUCAACAAAAAUGAGGAUCAAAUACUUAGAAGCAGCAUUGAGUCAAGACAUUCAGUUUUUCGAUACCGAAGUUAGAACUUCAGAUGUUGUGUUUGCUAUCAAUACUGAUGCUGUUAUGGUUCAAGAUGCUAUUAGUGAAAAGUUAGGGAAUUUUAUACAUUAUUUGGCAACAUUUGUGUCUGGAUUUGUUGUGGGAUUUACAGCAGUUUGGCAAUUAGCACUAGUGACACUUGCUGUGGUGCCUUUAAUUGCUGUAAUUGGAGCUAUUCAUAUGACUACAUUAGCUAAAUUGUCUUCCAAAAGCCAAGAAGCUCUUUCUGAAGCUGGAAAUAUUGCUGAGCAGACAAUUGCACAAAUCCGAACUGUUUUGGCAUACGUUGGGGAAUCGAGAGCAUUACAAGCCUACUCUGCAGCAUUAAAAAUCUCGCAAAAGCUGGGCUAUAAGAGUGGAUUUGCAAAAGGAUUAGGAUUAGGGGCAACUUAUUUUACUGUCUUUUGUUGCUAUGCCCUUUUACUAUGGUAUGGAGGCUAUCUUGUUAGACACCAUUACACCAAUGGUGGACUUGCCAUUUCUACUAUGUUUUCUGUCAUGAUUGGUGGACUUGCUUUAGGCCAGUCUGCUCCAAGUAUGGCAGCAUUUACAAAAGCAAGAGUAGCCGCAGCUAAAAUCUUUAAAAUUAUCGAUCAUAAACCAAGUGUUGAUAGAAACUGUGAUUCGGGUUUGGAGUUGGAUUCCAUUUCGGGACAACUAGAGCUGAAAAAUGUUGACUUUUCAUACCCUUCAAGACCAGAUGUUAAGAUUCUAAACAACUUCACUUUAAGUGUUCCAUCUGGGAAAACCAUUGCUUUGGUUGGCAGCAGUGGUUCCGGGAAAUCCACUGUUGUUUCUCUUAUUGAAAGGUUCUAUGAUCCUACAUCAGGACAAGUGAUGCUUGAUGGGCAUGACAUCAAAGGACUAAAUUUGAAAUGGUUAAGGCAACAAAUUGGUUUGGUUAGCCAAGAGCCAGCACUUUUUGCAACCACUAUCAGAGAAAAUAUACUCUUGGGUCGGCCUGAUGCAUCCAUGGUCGAGAUUGAGGAAGCUGCUCGUGUCUCCAAUGCUCAUUCGUUCAUUAUCAAAUUGCCUGACGCCUAUGAUACUCAGGUUGGGGAGAGAGGAUUACAGCUAUCAGGUGGACAAAAGCAGAGAAUUGCAAUAGCAAGAGCAAUGCUAAAGAAUCCAGCUAUCUUGCUUUUGGAUGAGGCUACAAGUGCAUUGGAUUCAGAAUCAGAGAAGUUAGUACAAGAGGCAUUGGACAGAUUCAUGAUUGGGAGAACAACUCUUGUGAUUGCCCACCGCCUCUCCACCAUACGCAAGGCUGAUCUCGUGGUGGUUUUGCAGCAAGGUGGUGUUUUGGAAAUGGGAACUCAUGAUGAACUUUUUGCCAAAGGAGAAAAUGGUGUCUACGCAAAACUUAUAAAGAUGCAAGAAGUUGCUCAUGAAACUGCUUUAAACAAUGCUCGAAAAAGCAGUGCAAGGCCUUCUACUGCAAGAAACUCGGUGAGUUCACCAAUAAUUACAAGAAACUCAUCUUAUGGGCGAUCGCCCUACUCCCGGAGGUUAUCUGACUUCUCGAUGUCAGACUUUAGCCUAUCAGUUGACGGAGGAUACCCUACCUAUCGGGUUGAGAAGCUUCCUUUUAAAGAGCAAGCAAGUUCCUUUUGGAGGCUAGCGAAAAUGAACUCACCUGAAUGGGCCUAUGCUUUGAUUGGCUCAGUGGGUUCAGUGGUUUGUGGUUCGCUAAGUGCAUUCUUCGCUUAUGUUCUCAGUGCUGUUCUGAGCGUGUACUACAAUCAAGAUCACAAAUACAUGAUCAAAGAAAUUGGAAAGUAUUGUUAUCUAUUGAUAGGAGUGUCAUCUGCUGCUCUUAUUUUCAACACAUUACAGCAUUUCUUCUGGGAUGUCGUUGGAGAAAACUUGACUAAAAGGGUAAGAGAGAAAAUGCUGGCUGCGGUUUUGAAAAAUGAAAUGGCAUGGUUUGAUCAGGAAGAGAAUGAAAGCUCACGUGUGGCAGCUAGGCUGUCUCUAGAUGCAAAUAAUGUUAGGUCAGCAAUUGGUGACCGGAUAUCUGUGAUCAUGCAGAACUCUGCCCUCAUGUUGGUUGCAUGCACGGCCGGUUUUGUUCUGCAAUGGCGUCUUGCUCUAGUUCUUGUUGCUGUUUUCCCUAUUGUGGUGGCAGCAACUGUUUUGCAGAAAAUGUUUAUGCAAGGUUUUUCGGGCGACUUAGAAGGUGCACACGCGAAGGCCACACAGCUGGCUGGAGAGGCAGUGGCUAAUAUGAGAACAGUAGCCGCAUUCAAUUCAGAGGCGAAAAUAGUUAACCUUUUCACGACAAGUCUCCAAACGCCUCUUCGUAGAUGCUUUUGGAAGGGACAGAUAGCUGGGAGUGGGUUUGGGGUAGCCCAGUUUUUGCUCUAUGCUUCGUAUGCACUCGGUCUUUGGUACGCGUCGUGGCUAGUAAAACAUGGGAUCUCUGAUUUCUCGAAGACUAUUCGGGUGUUCAUGGUUCUUAUGGUCUCAGCCAAUGGUGCAGCUGAAACCCUCACUCUAGCUCCUGAUUUUAUUAAGGGCGGUCGGGCCAUGAGGUCCGUGUUCGAGCUCCUUGAUAGGAAAACCGAGAUUGAGGCCGAUGAUGCUGACUCGGCCCCUGCACCUGACCGCCUCCGAGGUGAAGUCGAACUCAAACAUGUCGAUUUCGCUUAUCCCUCUCGUCCUGACACCCCGGUCUUCUUUGACCUUUGUCUACGAGCCCGGGCUGGAAAGACACUAGCCCUAGUGGGCCCGAGUGGGUGCGGGAAGAGCUCUGUAAUCGCACUCAUACAAAGAUUCUACGAACCGUCAUCAGGACGUGUGAUGAUUGAUGGAAAAGACAUCAAAAAGUACAACCUUAAGUCACUACGACGUCACAUUGCCAUAGUCCCACAAGAGCCCUGCCUUUUUGCUACCACAAUCUACGAAAACAUAGCAUAUGGACACGAGUCAGCAACUGAGGCCGAGAUCAUAGAAGCCGCCACCCUUGCAAACGCUCACAAGUUCAUAUCAUCCUUACCAGAGGGAUACAAAACAUUUGUAGGCGAAAGAGGGGUGCAGCUCUCAGGAGGGCAAAAGCAACGGGUUGCCAUAGCACGAGCAUUUUUAAGAAAAGCCGAGAUCAUGCUACUGGACGAAGCAACAAGUGCACUAGAUGCAGAGUCAGAGAAGUGCAUUCAAGAGGGGCUUGAACGCGUUUGCUCAGGAAAAACAACAAUAGUAGUUGCACACAGGCUAUCAACGAUACGAAAUGCACAUAGCAUUGCAGUCAUUGAUGAUGGCAAAGUCGUAGAACAAGGAUCACACUCGCAUCUAUUGAAAAACAAUGUAGAUGGCUGUUACGCAAAGAUGAUUCAAUUACAAAGAUUCUCGCACGGGCAUGAAGUUGUAAACCUUGCAUCAAUUGGCUCAAGUUCUUCAACCGUGUGAUGUAAUUCGAGUAUUUUUCUUGUUUAUUUUUCGAUUUUUUGGUAUAACUUCAGUAUAUGUUGCUAAAUCUUAGUUGUCUAGUUUAUGCUGUUUGAGGUAAAGUUAAAAAAUGACUAUUGUACUUAUAUCAAUAUAUGACAAAAUUUACAAUUCUCUACAA